GCCAAACAUUUUUAAUAAUUAGCGGUAACCAGUGAAUAUUAUUUUAAUAGUUAUCGUUCUAUUUGAUUGGGAUCUGGCAUGAGUUUGAUUUUGUUUCAGACCAGCACUCUGCUCACAGUUCAUAUUCUGGAUGAAAAUGAUAAUGCUCCACAGUUCAACCAGAAGCAAUAUUUUGCUGAACUAGAUGUGGACAGUCCCUUGGGAACCCUAGUAACAACAGUAAAUGCAUCAGAUAGAGAUCAGGGAAAUAAUUGCAUGAUUGAAUACUUCCUGUCACCUGACAUCCCAAAUAAUUGCUUUAUGAUUGAAAAUGUGAAAGAUGGAAGGAUAAUAACUGCUGGAAAACUCAAUCCAGGAGAGAUUAAUAUAACAGUGUUUGUCAAAGACAAAGGUUCUCCUUCACUUAAUAGUAGCGCUUCUGUCAUUCUAAAUGUCAUACAAAAAGAUGACCCGUAUCCAACAUUUAAUCCAAAUGAAUUAAGCACUGAUCUGAAGAAAAAUGAAAUCAGUAGUUCCCCCAUUUACACAUUUUCUGCUAAGAAUACAUCAGGACAUAAUAUCACUUACAGAAUCGUUGAUGGUAAUGAAGGUGGUCAGUUUUACUUGGAUGAGAAUACUGGAGAGCUAUGGGCAACAGACAAAUUCAACUAUGAUGACCAGCCAUUCUAUACAAUUACUGUGGAGGCUGACGUGCCCCCUGGCUUGCGAGAUCCAUUGCUGAAGAAUAUAGCCCGUUUACAAAUUAACCUGCCAGACAUUCACAAGGGUCCAAUAUUUGAGAAGCAGAAUUACAAAGCAACAGUGCUCAACACUUUACCCCGUGGAUCACCCAUCAUCAAAGUCACAGCUAAAGAACCCGGUUUAGGACCAAAUGAAAUGCUCGUCUAUAGUUUGGUGAAUCAGUCAGUGGAAGAAUUUGCUAUUGAUAAUUACACAGGCCAAAUCAAGAGUAACUCUGUGGCUGGGAAAAAUGGAACAUUUCACAUUAAAGUCCAGGCUAUGGACCCCAGUGGUCUCUUUAACCAAACCAUUGUUCAGAUAAGAAUAGAAUCACCAUCCCUUUCCCGCGAUGAUGCGGAUAUUAAAAUUAACCAGACAUUACGUGAGGUUGAACAUCAUAUUGAGAAGAUUAAAAAGGUUCUGGAAAAAAUACUGAAACAGAAAGUUAAAAUUGAAGAUUUAUCUUCAAAAGACAAAGAGACAACUAUUCGCGUUCAAACUGUUGAAAAAACUCAGAAACUAGUCAGAAAGCUUGAAGAGGACAUAUCUAACCUUCAGAAGAAGAUGGAAGAAAUAUUUCAUAAACCUGUGGAUGUUACUGUACAGUCACCUCAAACAUUGGCUUUGAGUCCAGGAACCAUAGCAGGCAUUGUGGUCCUUGCCCUUGCACUAUGUGGUCUCAUUGCUUUUUUUAUUUAUAUGAGGUAAAAAAAUAAAUGUACAUGACUACAGGUUUGCUUGAUAAAUGGGUUGCAUUAAAUGUGGGGUUGCAAGAUGUCCAAGUCUGGAAACUGGAAAUCUAAGGUCCAGGGCAAACAAACAAACAUUUUUCCUGGUUGACAUCUGUAGACAAUUCUUGAUUGUUCUCAGCUUUCAGCAUAGAGAGUAGUAUGAUAUCUGGCACACAGCCCAUUUACAAUUUAGGAUGCAAACAUGUGUUUAUAUAAUUUGGCUAAAGAAAAGUUUUUCAUGUUUGCAUCACGUAACUAACUUGAAUAACAGCAGUGUGUCAUAGUCUUAUUGAUCUUAAAG